AUGGCCCUCCUAGUCCAGUUCCUCACCCAGAUCCGCACCUUCGUCCGCGCCCAGAACAGCGACGAGCUCCGCAAUUGGCUGCUCGUCGAGCCCAACGCCAACCAGCAGUACCACCAACUCGCCGCCGAGCUCCGCAACCAGUUCCGCUCGGGGAGCGGCCUCGAGGACACCAUCGAGAAAUGCCUCCCGGAAGAGGACGACGUGCCCGAGGGCCAAGGCUCGCCCUGGCCGGGCUUCGUGACCUUCAUGAAGGACUACAUGCUCUUCUGGCGCGACGUCGAUUAUGAUGAUUUGCUAAGCGCGCAUACCCUCUUAAGCGGGCUGGUGAAUUCCUGCAGCACCGCCUUCGCCCACCCGACCUACGGCGGCAUGCUUCUCAAAACAGCAAUGUCCCUCUGCGAGUCCCUGUCCCGCCUGACGAUGAUGCUCAGCAAGCGGCCGGACCUGACGCGCAAGAUCCGCAACGUCGACGCCGACGACCGCAAAUCCAUCGCGGAGACCUCGGCCGAGAUCAUCCAGAAGAUCUUCACCACCUGCCUCACGGACCGUUCCAGCACCCGCUACAGCAAGCCCGAGGGCAAAAAGGUCGGCGUUUACAUGUUUGCCAACCUCGUCCUGAAGCUCCUCUUCGCCUGCCGGAGAACACACCUCGCAAAACAAAUCUUCACAAACAUCUCCACAAACUCUCCCCCCUUAUCCCUCUACCCGGCCGCACAGCGCGUCACCUUCCUCUACUACCUGGGCCGCUUCAACCUCGCAAACUGCCACUUCCUCCGCGCCGCCCUCUGCCUCGAGGAGGCCUACCUCCAGAUCCCUCCAUCCCUGCAAUCCCACCGCUGCCUCGUCCUGAGCUACCUGAUCCCCUGCAACCUGCUCCUCGGCCGCCUCCCCUCCGGUCUCCUCCUAUCGCGCCCCGAGGCCGCGACCCUGGCCCCGAUCUUCCACCCCCUCGCCCAGGCGAUCCGCAAGGGCGACUUCGUCCUCCUCCAGACCACCCUCGCGGCGCACGAGAAGUGGCUCUUCGACAAGGGCCUGCUCCUGGUCCUGACGCACCGCCUCCGCCCUCUGCUGUGGCGCUCCCUCGCCAGGAAGACGUUCCUGCUCACCUACUCGCCCGGCCCAGACGACACGGCGAACCCCGCAGCGGCGGCGGCGGCGCCCUCCCGCCGCGCCGCCACGCUAGACCUGACAGACCUGCACACGACCGCGACGUACCUCCAGCGGCGGCUCGAGGGCUACAUCCCCUCGAAGCACCACCACCAGCGCCCGUCCAACGCCACGCCGGCCUUCAUGAAGGCCGUCUCCCACGACGCGACGUCGACGCUCGUCCCGCCGCCGGGGGGCCCCAAGAAGCUCCGCCCCAACGAGGGCCUGGUCUGGGGCAACAGCCCCGUGGAGAUGGACGACGUCGAGAUGAACGUCGCGGUGCUGAUCCAGCUGGGCUUCAUGCACGGGUACAUUGCGCACUCGCAGGGGCGUUUUGCCGUCAUGGGCGCGACCAAGAAGAGCCCCCUGCUGGCCGGGUGGCCGACGCCGUGGGUCGCUGUCAAGGAGAGGGGGUACGAGGAGGAUGUUGAUCUGGACGACGUGCCUGGGUGGGUGAAGGGUUGA